AUGCAAUCAGAAGCUUCAACACUCACCCUACGCCCUCAUCUUCCGAUCGCCCACGCCAGCGACUUCCCUAAGCCACGGACACCAGAUACUCCAAGCAGUGAUGAGUUCAUCUUCUCUACCAAGCGUCGUCCUGCGCGCCUCUCCAUGGACUUCCGCCCCGUUGAACCAGAGGUGCUCCUUUCUGGCAACUCCAACAUACUCUUCAAUGGCGGCCUGCCCGGUCUCGUCUGGUCUACCAUCUUCGCGCACGUCGGCCAACUGUUCAUCGUGCUUUCCCUGGCAGAGAUUAGCUCUAUGGUUCCCACGGGUGGGCAGUACCGCUGGGCGUCAGCAUUCGCUCCUCCACGAUACCAACAGGUCCUCUCGUAUUUCACCGGAUCGCUCUGCUCGAUCGGAUGGCAGGCAAGACUCACUGCAAUAUGCUACAUCUUGGCCGGCGUCGUUCUGGCACUUGUCGAGAUCAACCAUGAUGACUUUUCUCCCACACGCUGGCAGCGCAACCUCCUCACUUUUGGAGUCCUCAUCGUUGUGUCAGCGUUCAACGCGCUUGCAGCGAGCCAUCUCUCGGUCGCCGAGGGGUUGUUUGCCAUCUGCCAUGUCUACGCUCUGGUGCCUAUCGUCGUUUCCCUCUGGGUUCUGGCCCCGAAGCAAUCUGUCGCGGAUGUGUUCUUCAACUGCACGGACAAUGGUGUCCUGGGAAGUGAGGCCACAGUACACAUCUCGGAAGAAGUCGAGGAGCCAGAGACUGUGCUUCCAAGAUGCAUGCUCUGGAGCUAUCUUGCGAACCUUCCAGGCACCCUUCUGCUACUACUGACCUAUGCAUUCAACGUCUCGGAUCUCGAGGCCACAGCAGAAGCCAUUGUUCCUUUUGCUUCAGUUCUGUCUAUGGCGCUACAAUCUGACGCUGCCACCACCGGCUUCUUGGUCGUGGUCAUGUCUCUACUCUUUAUGAUUGCUGUCAGCACUAUGGUGACGACGUCUCGCCAUCUCUUCGCGUUUGGGCGAGACAGAGCACUCUAUUCGGCACCGUGGUUCGGAAGAGUCGACGCAAGACUGCAGGUCCCCCUCAACGCCAUCUAUUCGAGCGUAUUCUUCGCCCUCGUCCUGAUUCUCGUCACUAUCGCAACGACCGCACCGCUCAACACUAUGAUGGGAUUGGCAGUCGCAACGCUAAUGACGACCUACAUUAUUGUGAUUGGGUGUUUGAUCCGCAGACGUCUUCAAGGAGACGGCCUUCCACGCGCUAGCUGGUCACUUGGUAGAGCUGGCAUCUGGAUCAACGUCAUCGCAGUAGUGUACUCGGUCUGGGCAUUCUUCUGGUCUUUUUGGCCUACCAUGCACAGUUCAAGCGCUGCAGAUAUGAAUUGGACAUUCUUACUGUAUUGCUUUGUGGUAGCGUAUGCGCUCUGCUUUUUCAUCUCCGGUCAGCGGCGUUUGAGGCAGCGCCCAAUGGAGAUGAUGCCUUCUUGGACUCCGAGAUAG